CUUCAGUUGCCUGAGUUAAUCUUCCUCAAUGUUGUCAAUGAUGCAUCUUAAUUGGAACUGAAUUUAAGUGAUCUAACCCAUUCGUCACUACCACUGAGACAACAUUGAGUUAGCUUUUUUCACCAUAGGGUUGGUUUCCCCCAUGUGAUGAGAGAUGACAAGUGCUUAAAUUGAUCUCCCUGUGGAAACCAACAGCCUAAUGCUGAAGCACAAUUCAGUAAGAGCUGUUCUACAAGGGACCAAGCAUUCACAGCUCUGAUGGAAGGCAAAAUCAAUAAGCAGCUGAAGAAAGUUUUGAAGAAAAUAGUAAAAGAAGCCCAUGAACCUCUGGCUGUCGCUGAUGCUAAACUAGGAGGGGUCAUAAAGGAAAAAUUGAAUCUCAGCUGUAUCCAUAGUCCUGUUGUUAAUGAACUUAUGAGAGGAAUCCGAUCGCAAAUGGAUGGCUUGAUUCCUGGGGUAGAACCACGUGAAAUGGCAGCCAUGUGCCUUGGAUUGGCCCACAGCCUGUCUCGAUACAGAUUGAAAUUCAGUGCUGAUAAAGUGGACACAAUGAUUGUUCAGGCAAUUUCCUUAUUAGAUGACUUGGAUAAAGAGCUAAACAACUACAUUAUGCGGUGUAGGGAAUGGUAUGGCUGGCAUUUCCCUGAGUUAGGGAAAAUUAUUUCAGAUAAUCUGACAUACUGCAAGUGUUUACAGAAAGUUGGGGACAGGAAGAACUAUGCAUCCGCCUCUCUCUCUGAGUUCCUGUCUGAAGAAGUAGAAGCAGAAGUGAAAGCAGCUGCAGAGAUAUCCAUGGGAACAGAGGUUUCUGAAGAAGACAUUUGCAACAUUCUACAUCUGUGUACACAGGUAAUUGAAAUUUCUGAAUAUAGAACUCAGCUGUAUGAAUAUCUGCAAAAUCGAAUGAUGGCCAUUGCACCUAACGUUACAGUCAUGGUUGGAGAGUUAGUUGGAGCACGGCUUAUUGCUCAUGCAGGUUCUCUUUUGAAUUUGGCCAAGCAUGCAGCUUCUACAGUUCAGAUUCUUGGAGCAGAAAAAGCACUUUUCAGGGCCCUCAAAUCCAGACGAGACACACCUAAAUAUGGACUUAUUUAUCAUGCUUCUCUUGUAGGCCAGUCGAGUCCCAAACACAAAGGAAAGAUUUCUCGAAUGCUGGCAGCCAAAACUGUUUUGGCUAUCAGAUACGACGCUUUUGGUGAAGAUUCCAGUUCUGCAAUGGGAGUUGAGAACAGAGCCAAAUUAGAGGCCAGGUUGAGGAUUUUGGAGGACAGAGGGAUAAGAAAAAUAAGUGGAACAGGAAAGGCAUUAGCAAAAGCAGAAAAGUAUGAACACAAAAGUGAAGUGAAGACUUAUGAUCCCUCUGGUGACUCCACACUUCCAACUUGUUCUAAAAAACGCAAAAUAGAAGAGGUAGAUAAAGAGGAUGAAAUUACUGAAAAGAAAGCAAAAAAAGCCAAGAUUAAAAUUAAAGCUGAAGUAGAGGAGGAGAUGGAGGAGGAGGAGGAGGCGGAGGAAGAACAGGUAGUAGAAGAGGAGCCAACUGUAAAGAAGAAAAAGAAGAAGGAUAAAAAGAAACACAUAAAGGAAGAGCCACUUUCCGAGGAGGAGCCAUGUACCAGCACAGCAGUUCCUAGUCCAGAGAAAAAGAAGAAAAAGAAAAAGAAGAAAGAUGCUGAAGACUAAUGUAAAGGAACCAUAAUCCUGUCACCCGAUUACAUCAUGUUUAAGAUUCAGUUGGGAGCAUAUCUGAUCCUCUAAAAUAAUCAAGGGAGGUUGAAUAUCUAUAGCUUUUCAAGCCUUUUUGUGUCUUGACAUCAACUGUUAACCUUAGAGUCUUUGAUACACAAAUAAAAUAUUUUCUUUGUAUUAUAAGGCAGUUUUGUGAUCUCUUUAUAUUUUAGGCACGGGAUCUUUAGCCCUUUCUAUGUUUAACUUAGCAUUAGACUAGGUAUUGUUACUGUUGAAAAGUCAGUUACAGAGGAUUGGAAAUUCCAAAGUUUAAAAUAGCUUUCUGGAAGGUGGUGUUUAGACAGACCAAUUUAAGAUCUUAUGUGUUUCCCUUGCCUUCUCAGGUUUUAAAACUGAGAACAUUCUGCUAUGUGCUUCAGAAAGGAAAGAAGGUAGUUGUAAUUUUUAUCAUUCACUACUUCUGAUGUGUGGUUUUUGAGACAAGGUCUUAUUGCGUAGACUCACUGUGUAGCCAGGAAAGACACUGAACUUCUGAUGCUCCUAUCUUCCUCCAAAGAGACGGGUUACAGACUUGUGUCAGUUGGUGUUUGCUGGGGAUGGAACCCACAGCCUCGCUUCUGAACUAUAGCGUUAGUUCCCUGGCUGGGCCACCAUGUGUGUCUAUGUGUCUCUUGUUUUUCUUGCAUGUGUAUGUGUGCACUGCUUACAUGCCUCUGUCUAUGGAGUUCAAAAGGGUCCAUUGUUUAACUGGAUGGUUGUGAGUCUGUAUGUCACCCAGGGUCCACUGUAAGAAAAUCAGCCCCUGUAUUUUUUACACUAAAAAGACUCUGAAAGUAAUACAAGGUCAUUCAUAACUUAGAUAAAAUACCUAAUAGAAACAUUAGCUUCUUGGCUACUUUGGCUCCUAGGUAAAGGGGAUUUGGUCAGAAUUGUUGGUCAUUGUUUUGGGUUGCUUUGUUUUGCUCUGACAGGAUUUCAUUAUGUAGCUCUGGCUAUCCUGGAACUCCUGUGCCUCCAAGUGCUGAUCUUAAAGUCAUGCGUACCCACCACCCCACCUGCAACUUGUUUAAGGCUUGCAAUCUGCCUAGCACAGUAAACAAAAGACAUGAUGUACUGUUGGGAUUAAUUUUGUGUCUAACUUGAAGUUCUAUAUUUGGAUUUAUUUGAUUGGGCCUGACUGAGUUGCAUAAAUUUUAUUUUCAUACUAAGUCUCAACUAUUGUAUAUCAGACUAUCUGCCCAUCAAAUCUCUUAGAGUUGGCUAUUGGUUGAAAAUAUUGUGGUAUGAACAAAGAAGACAUAGUGCCACUAGCAAUAGAAAAUUAACCAUUCACCACUUUGAUCCUAAUGUUUUUUAAAAUCUGUAUCUGCCCCUAUACUGUCUGAAUCCUGAAUUUCACAAAAUACAGAGGAGCUCUAUUCCCCUCUAAGCAGCCCUUUGCAGCUCUCUGUCCCAUGGUUCUUUUGCCUAUGAAAGUUACCUUUAGUCCACCUGAUUCUCUAAGGUGAGUUUAGCAUUGGAAGUAAUGAAUUACAACAUGUAUAAGGCCAUUUAUUUACAAGCCCACGUAUUCCACGUAGAAUAACAUGGGUUAGGGUAGUUAGUGUAGCAUGAAGGUCCACAUUAGGGUUAUAGCAAACUAUUUUAACUUACACUCCAGAACAGAAAUGUUUUCAGAAAUCAGCUUUAAGAACAUAGGUGAGUUUCGUUUUGUUUUCUUCAUUUAAAGAAAAAGACUUGUAUAUCAAUUUCCUGGCUUAGUGCAUAUGUAGAAGCUACAUAUGUAGGACAGCUUCCAUUGUGUGCCAACAAAAGUCAACACCUUUAUUGACCUUGGUUGUUUUCAGAUGGGUUCACACUAGCUGCCAUUUAUCUGUUGCAAUUUUCAUGUCUCUUUGUCUCCCAAGUGUCAGCUACCCUGCCCUCAGCUGUGGGCCAGUUCUAUUUCUUGCUUUGAGUGUUUUGUUUACUGUAUAUCUGUACAAAGUACCUGCAACAUACUCAGGAGACCGCAAGAAAGUAUCAAAUACCCUGGAACUAGAAUUACAAACUGCAUGUGGCUCCUGGGAAUUGAGCCCAGAUCUGAUAGAUGAGAUACCAGUGCUUUCCAGAGCGCAGGCCAUCUCUAGCCCGUUGCUGCACUUUUAAAAUACAAUUGUGUAUUGUUUUCCGUAGUUUAUUUCAAACUAUUUUGUAGAACAAAUUUCAGGUGAAAAUUCUGAGGUUUUGUGAUUGAGUUGAUUGUCAAGUAAAAUUAUCAGUAUAUUAGCAUAGUAUAUUAUUAUUAUCAAAUAUUAUCAAAACCAGUAUUAUAUAGUAUUAUCAAAACCAGUAGUUUGAAACAUUUGGAACCCUUCUUACUGUGCUAGGGAUGGAACCAAGGGUCUCACGCAUGUUAAACAUUUUCUACCAUUGAUAAAUAUCCCAGGCUUUAGUGUUGUUUAUAUAAAAGGCAUCCCAGAAAUGAAAUUUGAAUUAUAAGUUCACUGGUGGUAGUUAGCAUACAAACUGGACAGAUAAAUCAGGAAGAUUACCUUACUUUCUCUUAAUUCUGUAGUUCACCAGGCUAGAACUAAUUUAGUGGUCUGCAUUUUGGUAGAAUGAGUGCCAUUACAUGAUUUCAGCUGUAGUGUUGCAUGGUGGGUAGUUGAAGAGUGUCUCAGGGUUAGGCAUCAAAUGACCACUUUGGGCAAUCUCAAAAUUCAAUUUUCAUAAAAAAAUUUUAAAAUUUUUUAUUUUGUUGAGAAAAAAAAUCUAUGUGUAAUUUGUAAGCAAGUAACUUACUAUUAAUUUGUAAGAACAUUCAGAGCUACACAGCAUUGCAAUGUUUAUGGGUAUUCAUUUAUUCAUAGAUACAGUGCAAAUAUCUGAGCAGUUGUCAGUCUCAUUUUGAUUGAAUAUAAACUUAAUUAUGGGUGUCAAACGUUGGUACAAAAGCCUCUGUUGCCGUUUUUAUUUUUUCCUACCAUAAUAUUUUUCUUUAGAGGUUUGGUUUUUUUGGUUUUUGUUUUUUUUUGUGUGUGUGGGGUUUUUGCUUGGUUUUGUUUUGGUUGUUUGCAGAUUGUUGGCAUAUAUCAUCAUUCCUGGUCUUAUUGAGGUGUGUAUUGCUAGCUCCUAUUGGUUUGUUAUUAAUUUUCCUAUAGUAAUUGGAAGCAGGGGCAGGAUCACCACAGGUGUGCGGCCUUCUGGUCAUCAGUGAGUUCUAGGCAAUCCAGGGCUAUGUGGUUAGAAUCUGCUCAAAUAAUGGAGAAAUGGUUUAGGGGUGUAUGUAGCCUUACUAUUGUGGUAGAGUGUAAAAAUAGUGCCAGAGGCCACAUACAGAGGCAGAGGCGGGUAAAUCUCUUGUUAGACCAGCCAUAAUGAGACUUUCAAAGUGGGUGGUGGGGUGCAGUUCGGGUUAGGAGUCUUUUAAAAGUGGUAGUGUUGUUUGCCAGCACGGGUGAGACCCCACCUCAAAUCAGUAUGGCUCCAAAACAUCUCAGUAGUUUAUACCCAUAACUGUUUAGUAAAAAGACUCGUUUGGAAGCUGUAUUUCACCUUAAGAUUGUUUUUCACUUCUUAUCGAACUUAUGUUAUCGAACAUGUUCUCCACAUAAAAGCAAUAGGGACCCCCUCCUUUAAAAAAAAAAAUCAUUUGGAAAGAGUAAAUUUGCCCAGUGUGGUGUAAGCCAGUAUCCCUAGCACUUGGGAGGUGACAACAGGAAAAGAUGUCACCUCAUAAUCAGCCACAUUACCUCUUUGGGGUCUUAGUAAGCAACCGCUUGCUGCUGCUCUGGCUGGGUGGGGAUAGCUCAUCACCAAAGCUGGAAUUUUCUGUUCCCUGUGUUAGCCAAACCAAUCAGCCUUGUGAACCCCAAUCAAUAACUUAAACUGAUUUCCUUGGGUCCUGACAUAGUCUGGUACAAGCCAAGAGGCUUCUCGAGCUCAACUCUAACCAUUUCCUUAAGUCCUCAGAAAAUAGCAUCUUGAGAGUGUCUCUGAAAGGUAACCCAAGGCAGACAGUUGAGCACUUUGGCUGUGAUGGAGUGUCAGUGCUAC